AUGGCGGCGCCGGUGCAGGGGCGCCGAGCGCGGUACAAGAGCCCCGGCGGGCCGCCCUGGAGGGAGACGUACCGCAGGCCGCGGCUCCCCCCAGCCCCGGUUCCCGCCGUGUCCCGCCGAGCCGGCGCUGACGGCCCCGGCGCUCUCCCGUCCCCGCAGCGCUGCAUGGAGCGCCUGAGGAGCAGCCGGGCCAAGCUGCUGGAUCGCUACCGCCAGGCCGGGGACGGGGCGUGCGGGGCGGCCCCGGGCGCGCUGCUGGUGCAGGAGGUGAUGGAGCAGGAAUGGCAGGAGCUGCGGGACAGGCUGCCCGGCCUCCGCGGAGAGCAGCCCAUGGAGCAGGUGCUGGAGGACCCUGAUGAGCUGGCAGUGCUGGAAGAGAUCCAACAAGAGCUGAUCUUGCAAGAGCAGUUGGUUUUCGAGGAGUACGAGCGGAGCCUGCGCUUCGAUGAGGAAUGUCUCAACGCCAUGCUGGACAGCCUGGAUGCCUCUGACAGGGUCAUCUGCCCAGUAUGUAGGAAGAAUAACCUGACUGUGAAGGCUCACUUGGUUUGUUGCCAGUGUGGAUUGUACAUCAGCACACAGGAUAUGACAGAAGGGAAGCUUCGGUCACUGCUGGAAAGCACCUUGACAGAGCACAGUCAGAGGUGCCUGCACAGCCCUGAGUUCACAGUCACCAGUGGCAUGGAGGAGGAAGCCAGUCUGCUGAUGAGCUGCCCGGUGAGUGUUAAUGCCAGGUUCCUGGAAAGGAUCCCUGCUUGA